AUGAUUUAUUUAGAAGUAAAUGAUCAAUAUUAUAAAAGUUCAACAAGAGGUUAUCCAGCACCAAGCAAUAGUCAAAAAAAUCGAUAUUGGUCUGUUGUUGAUCUUGGUUUUCGACGUGAUGUCAAGUAUCGUCAACGACAUGCACGAAAUAAUCGUCAUACUUAUCUUCAUCAAAAUCGAACAAGAAUCACAAGAUCACCAGUGAAAAACACAAGUAAUAAUAUGAUAAAAUAA